AUGGUUAUUCUUGUACUAUCCAUAAUAAACCAUCAUCAUCAUCAUCAUUGGUUUACAAAUGCGUCAAAUGCGCCAUCAUCAUGCACCAUUGAAAAUGCUAUCUGUUCCGCAAGUGAUGCACGAAUUUGCCGAAAUUCAAGCUGUGUGUCAGUAUGCUCAACCCGUGGAAUGAAACAAUGCGAAUGUGACGUGGAAGAAGACAAUUAUUGCUAUUUGUGUUGUGGUAAUUCAAAUUCACGUUGUAUGCCAGCACAUCAUUAUAAUAUUCUGAGAGAUAAUGGAGAAAGAUGGGAGCGUGAAGCUUGUGCACUUUGUCGUCAAAAUGGCGCCGAGCUAGAAGGUUUAGCAUGCGAUGAUACGGAUCCGGCACGAUUAUGCCUUCAGGGCAAAUGCUCAAAUAGUGUGUGUCAUGAUAAGAAACCUGGACAAUAUUGCGAUCGAAAGAUGGAGAAAAUAUGUGUGGAUGAUAUUUGUGAAAAUCCAUGUGCUCGUAUCAGUCCACAUUUAAUGGUUUGUGAUUGCCCAUUAAUUGAUCCUGAUACAGGAUUUGCUUCAGAUGAUCGUUGUCAACUCUGUUGCUAUGAUUUUAAUGUUAAACCUGCAUCACGACGUUGUCAAAAUGCAUAUCGUCGAUUUAAUUUAGCAUCAACUCAUAAUAGGCCUAUCUGGCGCGUAGGCCUAGAUUGUGCUGGUGGCAAAAAAUGCAAUCGCUAUGGUAUUUGUCGUGGUAUUAUCUUACAACCAAAAUUUUAUUUGACACUAUUAUCACUGCUAUUUUCCAUUUGCUGCCUUAGAUUAUGCUAA